AUGUCAGAAUCUAAAAAAGAACCUGAGAACGUUAAAGAAGUAGAAUCAGUAGAAAGUUCACUAUUGUACAAGGAUAAUGAAUUUGAUUCUCAUUAUUUGCACCAGUCGAAAAUUUUAUCUGAUGCCAUUGAUGAGAUUGGCUUUGGGAAAUAUCAAUGGGGACUUUUGGUAGUAACAGGUUUUGGUUGGUGGGCUGAUAAUGCCUGGGAAACAUCUACUCUGUUGAUCAUUCCUCGUCUUGUGGAGACUAAUGGAGUUCACUACCCACCUGACAGGGCCCCUUAUCUAUUGUUAUGCCAAACUCUAGGAUUAUUAGUAGGUGCAGUAGUUUGGUCCUUUUCUGCUGAUAUUAUUGGAAGAAAGCUAGCAUUUACAAUGACGUUCUUGUGUACUGGAAUUUUUUCACUUGUUGCAGGAGCCUCGCCGAAUUUCGCUGCCAUUGGUACCUUCUGUGCACUUUGGAGUGUUGGAGUAGGUGGAAAUCUACCAGUGGAUUCCGCUAUUUUCUUAGAGGCUUUACCCAGUAAUAAGAAAUGGAUCUUAACCGCGAUGUCUGCUUGGUGGGCUUUAGGUCAAUUGAUUGCUAAUGUAGUUGGUUGGGGAUUAAUUGCUAAUUACUCAUGCCCUAGUGAUGCGACAACUUGUCUUAAGGAAGAUAAUAAAGGUUGGAGAUACUAUCUUUUCACAUUGGGUGCUUUAACAUUGAUACUCUUCCUUAUUCGAUUUGUGUUCCCAUUAUACGAAUCUCCUAGAUUUUAUCUUGGUAUUGGAGAUUACGAAAAGGCUGUAAGUGUGGUUCAUGGCAUCGCAAAGGUUAAUGGGAAAACUUCUAGUUUAACUGUUGAAGACCUCAAACCGCACGGUGAAGAAGCUUCAACCACACACAGAGAAAACGUUUUAAUAAAGGAAAAGCUCAAAAAGUUCAAUGCUAGUCACAUAAGAGAAUGUUUUAGCUCAAGAAAGAUGACCCUAUCUUUAAUUUUGGUGGUUGCUACUUGGUCACUUGUGGGUAUGGCGUUCCCCUUGUAUUACACUUUCUUACCUUAUUACUUGGAACAAAGAGGUAAUGCCAGUAAGCCUUUAAGUGUUCGCGAGACCUACAGAAACUCUCUAAUUAUCCUGGUCAUAGGAAUCCCUGCUUCUCUUAUAGCGGGAAUACUUGUGGAAUUCCGAAUUGGCCGUAAAGGUGUUUUAAGUAUUUCAUUAUUGCUUACAGGAGUGUUUUUGUUCUGUUCUACCACUGCGAAAACCAGUAAUGCUUAUCUUGGAUGGAAUUGUGGCUUCAGCUUUGCUUCUAAUAUGAUGUAUGGAGUUCUAUAUGCCUACACACCCGAAGUAAUGCCUGCAAAAGUUAGAGGUACGGGUGUUGGUAUAGCAGCUGCCAGUAAUAGAGUGUUUGGAGUCUUUUCACCGAUUAUUGCCAUAUAUGCUAAUUUGAAGACUUCGGCUCCAAUUUUUGCCAGUGGAGCAUUGUUCUUUGUUGCUGGGGUCCUCAGUUUACUAUUUCCCUAUGAGCCACGGGGGAAGGCUAACUUUUAG